AGUUCCCUCUAUCGUAACUAUUGUCUUGCUAAAAAUAUAAUUUCUCUUUUAAUUUUUAUGUAUGUCUAUAAAACAAGAAACAAGAAUAAAAAUUUAUUCCGAGUACAUUUUACUAUAAUUCUAUAAUGUCACUUUUAGAUGGUAGUGUAAUGAAAAUAUCACAUUAUUUGUUUUCUAUAACCUAUUUUUGCAAGUGCCUUCUAGACAGUAUAGUGUCCCAAAUAGCCCGGUGAAAUAACCAAAUUCUUGUAUAAGAAUAUUGUAGAAACUAUACUGAAAAGAAAAUAAAAAUCAUUUGCCACUGCUUAACCCUAUGGAAAAUAGACUGAGACUGUUUCUAUAGCAACAAUAAUAUGAAAAGAACAUCAAGUGUGAUCGAAUAUUCGAUUAUCCAAAGCGUUGAUUUAAAGAAAGCAAUUGUUACAGUAGAUUGUGGUAAAUGCAAAAUGUUUAAGAAUACUAUAUGGUACAAAUCUCUUCUUGGAGCAGAAAAAUCAUGUCUGAAAGAAAAUAAGAUUAAAAAAGUACACUAUAAGUUUGAAGAUGAUAGGGAAAUGGUUGAAGAAUAUAAUGUUGAUACACAAGUACUGAUACGUAGAGCCUGGAAAGUGAAAGGUAAACUUGGUGGUGAUGGCAAAUGGAAUGUAGAAAUCGGAGAUCCAAUUCCUGACCCUACACCAAACAUUGAUGUUGCUGACAUUGUUGAAAGUAAAGACCAGCCUAUAGUAACAAGACGCAAUACUAGAGUUAACUUGGAAUGGAGAAUAAGGAAUCUACCAUACCCUAUAGAAACAUAUUCCAUAAGUGCAAAUAAUGAAGAGAAAUCAAUUAUAGUUCGUACAACAAACAGGAAGUAUUUUAAAAAACUGGAUGUACCUGAACUUACAAGGCUAGGUUUAGACAUGGAACAGGCCAACAUACAGUCAACUCAUCAAUACAACACCCUUAUUAUUAUGUAUAAAAAACCUCAGCAGCUAUUAGACAUGGAUAAGGAAUGGUAUGAAGAAUUGAAACAAGUGAAGCCUAUUAAAGAUGUACCAAGUGACUGCAAAGCACAAUAAACUUU